GCACCACAUGGCUAGCAGCCGCGUUGCAGAGUCAGACUUUAAAGAAGUGUUGGGUUAUUGUGUGCGAGUACAUGAACCGAACCUAGACCUCUGUGUUUGAUUCGGCUCACAGUACUGUGUGUGACGGAUAAUUUUUGAUCUUGCACCACCCCUGAGCAGAACAGAUACCUGAGCUUGGUUGUCACACGAACAAAGUCAUGAUUGGGUGCGGUUGUCGGGCUGGUCGCGCGAUGAGGAAGAGGAGGCGGAAACGGGGGAGCACUGAUCAAUCAAUCAGCCUUUCUCAUCAACCACAAUAUGUGUCUCUGAUGAAGUUUCUUCACCACAGAGGAUUCACCUCAACUCUGCUGCAGCCAAAUCACUUUACUGACACAGGAAGAGGGCUACAAGCUCGACAAACCAUAAAGCCUGGCGAGUUGUUAAUCUCUCUCCCAGAGCCAUGCCUCAUCACAACCUCCACUGUUCUCAACAGCUACCUGGGACAGUACAUCAAGAGCUGGAAGUCCCGCCUCUCUCCACUGUUGGUUCUCUGCGUCUUCAUGGUGUGUGAGCGACACCAAGGAGAGGAUUCUGAUUGGUUCCCCUAUGUCAAUGUCCUGCCCAGCUUUUACACGUGCCCCACCUAUUUUUCUGAUGAUGUUAUUGCUGUUCUACCAAGUAUUGUGAGGAAGCGGGCCUUAGAGCAGAGGAAAGAAGUGUCAGAAAUCCAUUCCGCUAACCAGGACUUCUUCAGGUCUCUGCAGCCAAUCCUGAGACAACCUGUGGAGGAGGUGUUUACCUAUGAGGCUCUGAGAUGGGCAUUUUUUAGUGUCAACACACGCUCUGUCUUCCUGUCCCGCCCAGCCAGCCCCUUUCUUUCUGGAGAGGAUGUGUAUGUUCUUGCCCCCUUCCUGGACCUUCUCAAUCACCGGCCUGACGUAAAGGUAGCAGCAAGCUUCAAUCCUGUGACCAAAUGUUAUGAGAUCAGGACUGCUGCUGGAAUACAGUGCUACCAGCAGGCCUUCAUUAACUAUGGCUCACAUGACAACCAGCGACUGUUGUUGGAGUAUGGCUUUGUCGCGCCUGGCAACCCCCAUAGUGUUGUUUAUGUGGAAACAGAUCAACUUUGCAAUGUCCUAAGAGGUGACAGGAGUUUGGACCAGAAGAUGAAGUUUCUUAAAGAAAACAACUUCUCUCAUAAUCUAACAGUGUCCAGUGAUGGUCCCAGCUGGAGGUUGAUGACAGUUCUCAGAUUGUUUGCCCUGCCACAGACAAUGUAUCCCCACUGGAAGGCAGUGUUGCUUGGCCAAGCAGUGUCUGCUGAGAGAGAGCAGUGGAGCAUCCAGAUAGCUCAGACUCUCUGUCAACAACUACUACAGGGCACACACGCAGCACUGAAUAAGAUAUCCCAGCUCUUCCAACAAUGUGAUCAGCCAAUCAGAGAACAGCUGGAUGCAGUCAACUCACUUCGACAGGAAGAGAGGGGUAUCCUGGAAAGCUGUCUGGUGGUGCUGCAAGGCAUACUGAGACAGCCAUCUUCAUCCCAACCAGACCCUGGGCUUUUGCACCAGCCUGAUAGCAGUGCCGAGGACUGAUCCCUGAUUAGUGCUCUGAGCUGUCAGCCCAAUCGUCAUCCUUUUUCAGCACUGGUUGUCCACCAGUAAGACCAAUUACAGGUCAACAUGAUGACCUAGUGGUCAAAGUUCAAUCUUCACCAUGCCCAAGAGGACCUAGUGUAUCAAUCGCUGCCAAAGCGUCCUUGAGCAAGACACCUAGGGCCUGGCCUACCAAUGUUUUGCCCCAGCGCAAACCCUCUUUCGGCAUUAAAAAGCAACUAUUAAGAUUUACUAUAAGGACUUAAUGAGCAUUUUGCCCAAAUAAGAGAAGGGAAUAAUUAGGCAAAACUUUUUUGCACAUUAACCUCAUUUAAUAUGCAGUUAUAGGAGUUUUCCUUUCAAUGCACAGAUAUUGGAAGGAGACUAUGGAAAUAAACACCAAAUGUGAUCAAGACUGUCAGUAAAUAAAAUCUUGGUGACAUGGCUGCAAUUGUUGCCUGGAAAAGGUACUAUAGGAUACAGAGAGAAAGGAGAGAGUAUUUUUGACACGUAUAAGUUUAUUUACAAUGUCAGACAAAAACAUUGUGUUAACAUAUCACCUGCCAAGUAGCAUUUUACAUGACUUGCUGGAAGAAAUAAAAGAUCUUGGAACCACAAACCAGAAGCGUUGUGCAAUUCCCGCAAUAACAAAACUCCUGGCCACACUUAAUUUAUUCGCCUUUGGUUCUUUUCUGUGAAAAGCGGCAGCUCAGAUACAAUACCAAUAUUGCAAUUUUUCAUUUUUCAAACUAUAAAACAAAUAUUUUCAAAUUGAAAAAAUGAGA